AAAGUUCCUGAAUGUGCUGGAGCUCCUAGUGGCAGGAUAUAAAACUGGGAAAAUCCUAGGGCUCAGACAGAAAGCUACAAGCAACGCUGAACACACUGUGUGAUCUCAAAGCAAGAGGACUCAACACAAAACCCUCCAGUGACGAUGCUACGCCUCAAAGUACUCCAGUCUUCCCUCAGACCAGCCAUGGAUCUCUACUGGCCUGUACACAGUCUCUGGCCACAGCUGCGCCCUAUUCUACUCCAGCAGGACCUGCUGCAGAGACACAUGAAGGAGCUCGACAGCAGUCUGGAGAUGAUUGAAAAGCUCCAACACACCAUCUUCCAGGAGAUGGACCACGUCCCAGCAGCAGCCUCGGUGGCCAUCCAGCCAGUCUCCUACCAGCUGGAAAGAGAGGGAGGACGCUUCGCCCUGACCCUGGACACUAAGGACUUCUCCCCAGAGGACCUGUCUGUCAAGCAGGUGGGCAGGAAGCUGAGAGUCAGUGGGAAGACGGAGAAGAAGCAGGACGAUGGGAAAGGCUCCUACUCUUACAGAUGUCAGGAGUUCAGGCAGGAGUUUGACCUUCCUGACGGGGUCAACCCUGAGCAGGUCACCUGCUCGUUGGCUCAAGACGGGAAGCUCCACAUCCAGGCUCCAAAGGCGGAGUGUCCAGAGGAGGCUGAGAGAGUGGUGCCCAUCAGCUCGAGCCUGGAGCAGACACAGUCCCCGCAGUGCCUCAGCUCACCCACAGGGGGCAGCACAGACUCACACAGCAACCAUAAGGAGACCGCUGACAAGUUGGACUGAUAUGAUUCUCUAUGCCAGUUAAUAUAAUUUUAUACUUUCAUAAAUCGUUUGUGGCAAUUGCAUUUACUCAUGUUCUAUCUACAAUGAAAUGUAUUUACAUUUCAAUAAUGCAUUUUAAAUAUGCUAUAAAAAAUAAAAUUAAA